AUCACCAUCAGAAGUCUGGAACUAGUGAAGAGAGUCUGGGGAACAAGUUUGGUUUCCGGUGCCAACAGAAGACGCAACCAGCACAGGCCAGGACAGCCAGGAGGAACGAGUCUGGUCUCUGUUCUGGUUUCUUUGGAGCCCCAGAUCAAAACACCCAACUAGCAGCACCGGCAAUGGGUGAAGACGCACCAGCUGUUGGCAACGGGUCCAAUUUCAGGGACGACUAUCCUCCUCCUCCUCCCGCGGGCACCACUGGCAGCGCCACCAUGACGCGUCCGAGUGACUGGGACAUGCAGCAGCUGCUGGUGCCCACCAUGGAUGCUCUGAUCAUGCUGACAGGCACCAUCGGCCACUCCCUGGUCAUCUUCGUCCUGGCGGGCAGGAGGAAGAGGAGGAGUAGAGCGGGGCCGCCCCACGGCACGGACACCCUGCUAUUGGCCCUGAGCGCCUCUGACCUCCUCCUCCUGCUCUGUCUACCCUUCCACACGACCGCCAUCGCGCUCGGCACGUGGCCCUUUGGCAACUUCCUGUGCAAGGCCAUCAGCUUCCUGGGCGUGGCCUGUAACGCCUCGAGCGUCUUCACGCUGUCGGCGCUGGCCGUGUCGCGGUACCUGACGGUGGUGCACCCGGCGUGGGCAUUUGGGCGGCGAAGGGUUGGGCACUGGCUCAACGCCGUGGUGGUGCUGCAGUGGCUGCCUGCCUGCGCCCUCGCUGCACCGCAGUUCUUUUUCCGUGGAGAGGUGGCUUCGUCAGAUGGUUCGGUGUCGUCAUCGCCGGUGGGGCCUGUACACUGCUUCACCUUCUUGUCUAACCUGAGCACGCUGGUAUACAGCACAGCACUCUUCCUGGUGGGUUUUGCUAUACCACUGGCGGUCAUCGUGCUGAUGUACACCAAGAUCUACUGUUUCCUGCGGCACACGCGUCGCCAGGGCCGGGCCCCACAGCUGGAGCGCUACCAGAGCCAGGUGACCCAGACGUCGGCGCUGCUGGUGGUGGUCUUCACACUGUGCUGGUUGCCCUCGUACGUCCUCAUGUUCAUGCUGGUGGGCGAUAGCCAGGGAGGUGGCGGUGACACAGGUGGCACGGGGGGAGCAUCCAUCAGCUUGGGCAACAGCACCACCAGCAGCUCAGAGGCAGCAGCGGCAGCAGCAUCCCAUCGCUCGUUCGCCAUCUUCGCGCGUCUGCUGGCGUCCUCCUCCACCGUGGCCAAUCCCGUGCUCUACGUCUUCAUGUCCCACAAGUUCCGCCAGGAGCUGCUGGGCCUCAGUCGCCACCGCUGCCGAUCGCGUUGCCGAGGUGACGGCGACGACGACAACGGAGACGGAGACUGUGGUAAUAAUGGUCGGCCAUCUUGGUUCUCCUGCCGGACUGCUUGUCGGACAUCCUGUGGGGGGGCUUCCUGCUGCGGAUGCUGGAGGUACUGCCCCAUUCCGGGCCGGGAUACGGUGCGGCCAUUUAACCCCAUGCAGGUGGAAACACCACCGCCCCCACAUGGCUAGGGACUGGAGUGGGACUGACAUUGGUUUGUCCAGUCAAACUGACACAAAGAUUGCCGGGGAAGGACACAGUGCAGCUGGAUUCAUUGCCACAUGGGCGGCUAUGGGCCUCAGCACAUCGGUUCCGACAGCACUGCGGAGCACUUUUGCUUCCGACACAAUUCCGACCCCCAAACCCAAUUUCACACAAACAUAGCAUGGAAUAGUCAAUGGGCGCCUCCUACAAAAUAGAACUGGUCUCUAAUCGCUAGCCGAUGUCUGCGGACAUCAGCGCCAGUGUGCGGUGUUCAAUUGAAAACAAUGGAAUUGAACUUUUGCGGAGCAGUGCUCUGCACUUUGUCAGAGCCGGUGUGCUUAGGAGGCCCUAAGACUCACAAUGACACUCAGAUGCGCAGUACACACACUGGGCCAAAUGGCCAGGAGUGGGACUGACAAUCAUAUCAAACUGAUAUGAAUGUUGGUGGUGGUCUAGGAGAAGGACUCGCACUCAAAUGCUCUCACUCGCACAAGCAGUUGUACACACACCCACCCACCCUCCCAUGCCAAGCCAAGCCAAGGCUGCAGACGUGCAGGUGUAAAUCAUGGAGAACCUGAAUCAUGGCCCCCCCAUGCUAUACACAAUUGUGCACACACUCAAACUAGCACGAGCACAAACGCACACAAGUUCACACAUGCAAACACACACACAUUUACACAUACAAAAACACACAUUCACACUAUACAUUGACAUGAAUGCCGUGGGCUGAACAUCCAGACUGCCACAGAACUGGCCCUGAUGUAUUGAGCAUCUCAUGUUCCAGUGAUCGGGAGGGACUUCUGGAAUGUCAGACUGGUUUAAUCAUUGCAGCUAUGCCUGGGUUAUGCAUUAACUGCCUGCUCUGCCUGUCAAUAUAACACACUGUGUCAGCUUCGGAGAUCAGGGCUGGACUGGGGGGAGAAAUAGGGCCCGUGCACUUUUGGCUUAAAGGGGCCCCUCAUAAUUAGGGACGCAGAACUGACUCAGCGAUGGGCCCAGCACCCUUGUGGGCCCCCUCUUUUCAGAAAUGUGAAAAGUUUUUUUUUUUUUACAUUUCUGAAAAUAGGGGCCCACAAGGGUGCAGGGCCCACCGGGGAAAUGCCCGCUAUGCCAGGUGGCCAUUCCAGCCCUGGUUCUGGAUAUCAGGGCUGAGGGGGGCUGUACUGUAUUGUACUGAGACGAUUUGCUCAAAGUGUGAUCACUAAUGUUCUGCUUCAUAAUAGAUAGAUAAGAUACCGUAAUAAUAUCCACGGAUAAUGGGUCUGAAUCUAGGGGCACAGUCAGUGCAAUGACUUGGCUCAGAUGGCAAAGAAAUAAAUAAGUCAUAAAAACGGGCUUCACAUCCAAUUUGACUUUCUGUUCUGUUCUCAGAGUUGGCUGGAAAAUGUUACGAGCACAAAUUAAAGUUUGAUUGUCUGUGACAGGAACAAAAUGGCGGUCACGAAAAACUCUGGAGGGGCCUUAGACGGGAUCAGGCAUCAUUUGUUCUCAAUUUCCCUUGUAAUUAGACGGAAAGGCAUGGGGUGGAGGUGUCGGAGAGGCGGAGAGAUUUGUGGGCGGAGGUGAUGGAGAGACGCACAGCAGGCACUAGCUAGUCUGGGCAUUCUCCUCUACCUGUCAAUCAAAGUC